UGCUCACGCAAGCUGCACCUCGCGCGAUGCCGCUGCCCGCGGUCCGGCUGGUGAGGCUCGGGCGGGUGCACUACUCCGAGCUGCUGUCGCUGCAGGAGCAUUGGCUGCGGCGGCUACAAGCCGACCCUCGCCCCGGGAUCCUGUCGGGGAUCGAGGCGGGUGCGCUUUUAGUUUGCGAGCCAGCGGGGCCGGUGUACACGGGCGGGCUACGCGGUGGCCUGACGCCCGAGGAGACUACACGGCUAAGGGCCUUGGGCGCCGAGGUGCGCGCCACCGGCCGCGGCGGCCUGGCCACUUUCCACGGCCCGGGCCAGCUGCUCUGCCACCCUGUGCUUGACCUGCGGCGCCUAGGCCUGCGCCUGCGCACCCACGUGGCGGCGCUGGAGGCGUGCGCUGUGCGCCUGUGCGAGCUCUGGGGACUGCCGGACGCCCGCGCGCGGCCGCCUCCCUACACCGGCGUCUGGCUAGGCGAGCGCAAGAUCUGCGCGAUCGGAGUGCGCUGUGGAAGGCACAUCACAUCCCACGGCCUGGCUCUGAACUGUUCUACAGACCUCUCUUGGUUUGAGCACAUAGUGCCCUGUGGACUGGUUGGGACAGGAGUCACUUCCCUGAGUGAGGCACUUCAGAGACUCGUCACUGUGGAUGAAGUAAUGCCAUCUUUCCUUGUGGCCUUUAAGGAGACUUUCAAGUGCACCUUAAUCUCUGAGGACGGCCCCAGCUGAAGGGCACUUAUUCACCUUAGCCCAGGGCAGUGGUCCUGCGAUA